AUCAUUACCCUCAUCGGAUAGUUACUACAGCAAACAGCGGCAGUUAUCAGACACAGACGACGAGGAAGACUUUACAAUGACUACAUCCGCUUCUACAGGCUUAAUCUGUAAAAAAGGGAGGAAUGUCGAUAAAGCAUGUAACCAUUGUAAACGUUCUCAUUUACGGUGUGAUAACGUACGACCUUGUCGUCGUUGUGUAGCCACUGGUAAAAUAGGCUGUCAAGAUGUAAAGCAUAAACCAAGAGGCAGACCUCGUUUUUCUGCACUUAAUAACUUGGAAUUUUGAUCGUCGUGAAGUAUACCGUCAGAUUUUUCUACC